CCGGCCGCCCUUCCGCUGGCUCGCAGUCCCCUCCGUCCCUGGAUCCGUGAUGGCUGCCCCUGCGUCCCUGUCUCCGGAGGAGCUGCUGCCCAAGGGCGGCUCGGGCAAGGCCGAGGAGCUGGAGGACGAGCUGGAGGAGGAGGAGGACGACGAUGAGCUGGACGAGACGCUGGCGGAGCGGCUGUGGGGGCUGACGGAGAUGUUCCCCGAGAGCGUCCGCUCGGCGGCCGGAGCCACUUUCGACCUGUCGCUGACCGUAGCGCAGAAGAUGUACAGAUUCUCUAGGGCAGCUCUGUGGAUUGGGACCACCUCCUUCAUGAUUCUGGUUCUUCCUGUUGUCUUUGAAACCGAAAAACUGCAGAUGGAGCAGCAGCAGCAGCUGCAGCAGCGACAGAUCCUACUCGGACCCAACACAGGGCUGUCGGGGGGAAUGCCAGGGGCCCUGCCUCCGCUCUCUGGAAAAAUCUAAUUUUUGGAAGCUGCGUUGGAUUCAUACCAUGUGGGAAGACCUUGAGAUGAUGAUACAUUGAACUGUUGAUUUGUUGGGUCAGGGCAUUUUUAUUUUUUGUCGGUUGUUUGUUUUUAUUUUUGGUUCUCCUUUGGGACAUUGACCCAUUCAUAAUGGGGGGGGAAGCCCCCCCCCCCCCCCCGGACCUGAUGACGGCUCCUGUCUGCAUCCUUCCCCCUGUAGAAGUUGAGUUUUUCCUUUUAUUCAAUCAGUAUGCCAUAACCAGUUACAGACUUGAACUGGGUGAGUACCUCUCCCAGCCUCCUUGGCCCCCACCCCCCUCAAAACCACCCCAGGGCACAGGCCAGGCUUUGAAAGACAGCAGUCAAAUGAAACAGAUCCUUUCCUGGCCGAUUUGGAGCCAAAGGACAGGGACGACAGGAGGAGGAGUGACUUUCCCAGCAGGCGAAGCAAAGGAGGAGCACGAGUAGCCAUACCCUGAGGAAAAUGCUCUCCGGGAAGACACACGUGCAAAAAUAUUUUCACCGCAACUGUGUGAGUAGUGAGGGAGCAGCGGGCCAGGUUCAAGACGAUCGCAUCCAUGCUGAUCCUCUGCCUCAUAAAGUAGAUAUCGGCUGCGUAUUUUUUGUAUUGAAUAUUAAAUAAAUCCAACCUGAGCAGUGUGGGUUUAAUACACGUC